AGGGCGACAGAGGGAGGUGUUCCCCCCCUUCCACAGACUCAAGGAUCCCUCACUCUCCAAUAACUUUCAAUUUCACUAGUCCGCAUACUCGGCGCUCAAGUGUAAGCGACCGGACUGCUCCCAACGCAUCGGACUUCUCUUAACACAGGACUGCUCAUAACACAGCGGACUGCUGCUAACACAGAGCGUAUCUCCAAGACGCGCGGAAACCAAACGCGCGUAAAAGAAACGCGCUUUACGCGGUGGAGUUCUCCAGCGUGCGAUACACUCCGAUGACACUCAUGGACAGCUGACAGAAGAAACGAUGAAAGAAACGAUGAGUUUAGAAUGAGUUGUUUCAUUUGAAUGUACUACGUGUCAUUGCAAACCUAUUGCGGUAUCCGGAGGAACACUUGGGAUGGAAAAUAAUUGCUUUUAUCUGCCACGUCUGGACUAUAGUACAAACUCGCAAGGAAGAAUGAAGUAACCGCUAUGGAGACGGACAAUGCCCCGUACUCCAAACUCAAAACAGCUGGAGUAGGGGGGAGGGUGCUGAUUCUCUGGACCAUCCUGUGUCUCAGCUGCUCCCUGAGGUCAGCGCAGGCCCAAGAUGUGGACGUGCUCCAGCGACUCGGACUUUCCGGUCGGCGCGGGGCCGGUGGAUCGCGCUCCGUCCCUAAUGGCGUCAUCGUGGUCAAAUCGGGUGCCAUCCUCACCCAGCGGGCGCGGGUCCAGGUGCCUCUUCGCACGGUCCUGCCCGCCUCCUACACCUCCGCCAACCUCUCCGUGAUCCUCAGCUUCUCCGCCCAUCGCGUCAACAGCGCCUUCGUCUUCAGCAUCCUGUCGAGGAAGAAGAAGCUGCAGCUGGGGGUGGAGCUGGCCCCGGGGAAGGUGCUGGUGCACGUGGGCCAGAGGAACUCUGUGAGCCUGGACUACAACGUCCACGACGGACUCUGGCACAGCCUGGCGCUGGACAUCCGGGGACAGCGGGUGUUUCUGUACGCGUCGUGUGGGAACCGGACCGCCCAGGCGGAUCUGCCUUCGAGCAAGGAGGAGACCCUGGACCCAGAGGGCUCCUUCGUUUUGGGCAAAAUGAACCAGAACUCGGUGCCGUUCGAAGGCACCAUCUGUCAGUUUGACAUUUAUCCUUCCGCUGAGGCAGCUCAUAACUAUUGUGAUUACAUUAAGACACAAUGCCGGGAGGCCGACUCGUAUCGGCCCGCUUUCCAGCCUCUACUACCUCUGCUGCCCCAGGAGCUUAACAUUACUGUUACCCAAAUGACUCCAAGGUCGUUGACCGAGCUUACGAAAAAGGCCCAUAGAGCCACUCUGGGCUGGCCUGAGGAAACCAGAAGGGCCGGGUUCCUCCAGCCCACUCAGAGAUCAUCCAUGUUUCACAAAACGGUGCUUCCAACACACGCCUCUCCGGUGCACAGGACCACGUCUGUCUCAGCUCCGGUACACCGAGGGUCGGCCCGUCACCCUCGGGUACCGGGUACCGACGCCGUCAGCCUGUCUCUGCCGACCGGUACAAGUAACCCAACAGUCCCCAAGUCAACACCUCCUGGCAGGCCGAGCAGAGAGCUGGCAGAAGGAGAUAUUAAAAGGCCCAAACCCUCUGUCAACAGCACGCCUUCAGCUGCCUUCUCGAAGCCACCGGAGAUCAAAUCUGUUCCACAGACCACUGCAGCGGCCAAACUGGGAUCCUCUUCAAACACCUACCUACUCUACCAGAGGCAGCUGAUUACAAUGGCCCCAAAGAAACUCCAGCCAAGAGUGACCAAGACACCGGAUGUUAAACCUACUGUGCUUAUCCCGGUCACCCCAGCUGCAACAGAUGGCUUCCAAAUAUUUGACUUGGACCCGACCCAAUUCUCUCUGCUGGCGGGACCACCUGGACUAAAGGGAGAACCAGGACCAGCGGGACAGGAGGGCCCUCCAGGGAUCCCGGGCCAGCCAGGCAAGAGAGGAUCUCGGGUAAUCCAUCCUCCACGUUUUAUCAGCAACACGUCUCUGUUGUCCAACGCAUCCAUUUGUAUUCGUACGGCGGACCCACUGUGUUCCAACCACAACAUGUGCAGGCCAACCUCAUUAGUCGUAUCUAAACUGCUUCCUGCAGAGUGGAUCCUACAUGUCUCACUGCUGCUGCAAUCUGCUGAGCCGGUAUCCCCCCACUACCCGAAAAGGAAGAAGUAUGUGCACGGCCGUGCCCCGCCCCUCGGCCUCGUGGCGGGGCUGACAAUUGUUAACUAUUGUUUUAUGUUUCAGGGACAUAAGGGAGAUCCUGGACUGUCGCCCGCUCCUGCCCCCAAAGGCGUUAAAGGAGAACCCGGUGUAAUUGGACCCUCUGGAAUGCCUGGCCAAGACGGACGAAAGGGACAGAAAGGCCAUCCGGGGGUGCCUGGGCUUCCGGCCGAACCGGGCGAGCGGGGCGAUCCUGGAAGCCCGGGGGCCAAAGGUUAUCCUGGCAGGCAGGGUUUACCCGGACCAAUUGGGAAGAUGGGGCCUAAAGGAACCAGGGGUCACAUAGGGCUCCCCGGGCUCUUCGGGCUUCCCGGACCCGACGGGGAGAGGGGGAGUCCUGGCGGUCCUGGGAAGAAGGGCAAGAUGGGUAGGCCGGGUUUUUCCGGAGACCCGGGAGAGAGGGGACCGCCCGGUCCUGAUGGGAACCCGGGGGAGCUGGGAGCCCCGGGUCCCUGUGGGGUCCAUGGUCUCAUCGGGGACAUGGGGCCUGGAGGUGUGAUUGGCUUAGCAGGACCUCCGGGACUCAAGGGAGUUCCGGGCAAUCCAGGGGAACCAGGACUGAAAGGUGAUAAGGAGGAAGUGGGUAUACCCGGCGAGCAGGGUGAACACGGUUUCCAAGGCGACAAGGGUAUCGUGGGGUUGCCAGGGUUACCGGGACACCGUGGGAAACCUGGAUCCCAGGGGAAACCAGGGGACAGCGGUCCUGCUGGCCUGGCCGGCCCUCCCGGCCCGGAGGGGUUCCCCGGGGAUCUCGGCCCACCGGGACACAACGGCCCCGAGGGACCCAAGGGUAGGGCCGGGCUCCGAGGGUUACCUGGACCCAGUGGGAUCCCUGGACCGGAGGGUGACGAAGGCCCACCUGGGCCGGCUGGACCAUCUGGACCAGAGGGCAGAGCUGGGAGGCCGGGAUUCGGAGGCAGCGCCGGCCCAGACGGUCUCAAGGGGGAGACGGGCGUUAGUGGCGAGGUCGGAGCGCACGGAGAGAAGGGGCCACCUGGGUUCCUGGGACUCGUGGGGGAGCCAGGCAUCGCUGGAGAUAAGGGCGAGCGAGGGGAGGUGGGAGAUCCCGGACCGCAGGGGGUGAAGGGAGCGACGGGUCAUCCUGGCUCCCCUGGACAGAGCGGAUCCCCCGGAGAGCAAGGCUUCCCAGGCCGUCCUGGUUCUCAGGGAUCCAUUGGUGUCCGAGGACCCAAAGGACUCAGGGGCCCUGUGGGUCCAUACGGGCUCCUGGGAGGGAAGGGUUCUGCUGGAGCCAUGGGCCUGGAUGGUCCACCCGGAAAACCUGGGUUCCCUGGACAGAUGGGGAAGAUCGGCGAGCGAGGAGAAUCUGGACCGAAGGGAUUUCCAGGUAUCCAGGGACCAUCAGGACCUCCUGGUGCCAAGGGCUUUGCAGGAGAGCCAGGGCCGGCGGGGCCCGCUGGAUCGACGGGGCCUCUCGGAGACAUGGGACCAAAGGGACCGCUGGGGAGGGCAGGGGCGAGCGGGCUGCCUGGUGAUCCUGGAGAGAAGGGGGCCCCGGGUCCCAUCGGAAGCCCGGGAGAGCUGGGCCUGAUGGGUCAGAGGGGGGAGGCCGGAGUGUACGGUGAGGUUGGAGCAAGCGGACCUGACGGAGUCAAGGGCGAGGCGGGCGACGUGGGGGCCGAAGGGGCCCAGGGAGAGAGGGGUCUGUUGGGCACCAAGGGGAAGGAGGGCCCCCCCGGGGCUCCUGGCCUGGUGGGGGUGAGGGGUCAAGAGGGUAAACCUGGAACAAUCGGCCAACGAGGAAAAGCUGGAGACAAGGGAAGCCAGGGCCCCCAGGGCCCGCUGGGCGAGACGGGGCCCGUGGGGGGGCAGGGCGAGCCGGGCCACGUCGGACCCAAGGGUGCCAGGGGAACCAUCGGACCCACGGGGGCCCCAGGCAGGAUGGGGCCGCAAGGGACUCCGGGAGUGGCCGGGUAUGAGGGACACAGAGGAGCCCAGGGCCCGGUAGGCCCGCCUGGACCAAAAGGUGAAAAGGGUGAGCCAGGGGACGACAGCAAGGUGGAGGGACCGCGGGGCGCCGCUGGGGACAGAGGUUCUCCGGGCGCCACGGGAACCAGAGGGGAACCGGGGGAUCCAGGAUACGAGGGCCAGCCCGGGCUGGACGGGGCCAGAGGUCAGGCUGGGGCCCCGGGCUCUCCUGGCCACGCCGGACCCCGCGGACAGGGAGGGCUGAAGGGGUCCAAAGGUCACCAAGGCAAGGAGGGGAAGGCGGGGCCGAGAGGACUGUCUGGGAGCAGAGGAUCCCCGGGUCCGGAGGGUCCAGCGGGCCCCCGGGGCGUGCUGGGCAGAGAGGGCCUGGAGGGGCCCUCGGGGACGGACGGGGCCGCAGGUACCGACGGAGUCAAAGGAAACAAGGGCGAGCAGGGAGGCGACGGGCCGUUGGGUCUGGCUGGCAAGGCGGGCCUGCAGGGGACGGCGGGCGUCCCGGGGCUGCCGGGGAGCCAGGGCGCGUUCGGCGCCAAGGGUGAGAGGGGUCUACCAGGACAAACGGGACCAAUUGGGAGAAGAGGGAUGAUUGGUGGAAUGGGGUUGCCAGGGAAACAAGGAGAUCAAGGACCCGGAGGACAUCCAGGGGAGGACGGUGAUCAAGGGUUUCCAGGAUUCUUUGGGAUGUUUGGGCCUCAGGGUCCCCUGGGUGACUUGGGCCCCACAGGUAUACAGGGUCCAAAGGGGCCCCGCGGACUGAGGGGGAUGGAAGGACCUGCCGGCCCCUCGGGCAUCAUCGGACCCAACGGCCACCUGGGACCCCAGGGGGACAGGGGCAGCCGGGGGGAGACGGGACUGCAGGGGCCCAAGGGACCGCCGGGCCCCCGAGGACCCACAGGGGCCCCGGGACUUCCCAGUAUGUAUCCUUCAUUGAAACAGGAAGCUCUGGACGCGGCCUUCGAGGCCAUCCUGGACUCCCACGUUGUGCUGAGGUCAGAGAGCUACCAGCACAUGGACAUGCCCAUGCUGGACCAGGGCACGGCGGUGUUCCAGACCCUGCAGCACCUCAGCUCCCUGAUCCAGAGCCUGAAGCACCCUCUCGGGAACCGGGACACCCCGGCCCGGAUCUGCCGGGACCUCCAGGACUGUGAACAGCGGAUGCAUGAUGGCGUUUACUGGAUCGACCCCAACCUGGGCUGUUCGGCUGACACCAUAGAAGUGACAUGUAACUUCAGCGCUGGAGGACAGACCUGCCUGAAGCCCGUCUCCGUCUCCAAGCUGGAGAUGGGAGUGGGCCGCAUCCAGAUGAACUUCCUCCACCUCCUCAGCUCCUCAGCCACGCAGCACCUCACAGUCCACUGUCUGAACACGCCCGUGUGGGCCACCGGACCCUCCCUGCAGCCCUCGGACCGCGCCGUCAGCUUCAAGGCCUGGAGCGGGGACCGGAUACAGGCCGGAGACGUGCUGGAGCCCACCGUGAUCAAGGACGACUGCUGGAUCAAAGAUGGCCACUGGCACCAGACCCAGUUCGUGUUCCAGACCCAGGACCCCAACCUACUCCCCAUCGUGGACGUGGACAACCUGCCCUCUGCGGACCCCGGCUCCCGCUUCCACCUGGAGGUGGGCCCCGUGUGCUUCCUGUGAGGCGGGAAGACGCGCGAGACACGGACCACCUCCCCCCAAACCUCGGACUGCAGAUGCAGCCCGAGGAGCCACUAGGGAGGACAGAACCGACCAAUGAAAAGGCAGAGCUAUCUCAUGACGCCUGGCACUAAAAAUCCACCGAUGGAAAAACAAAAGAAUAAGCUUCUCCCGUUCAGAGACUUCUUUACAAGACCUGGACCGGACCCUUCGCCGCAGACGGAAGGGAGGAAAUAUGACAAAUAUGGAAGAUCUCGAACGAUCUCUAAUGGACCACGUUGUAACAUAUUCGCUUCACGAUCUCAUUGUUUUCCAAUGUUUAAUCUUAAAUGUCCAGAAGGAGAUCUCUGCAGAUCUACUGAACUUGGUUUCAUCUGCAAAGUUCUUUUUUUUAUUUUUUUUAUGUUACAUCAAUAAGUACUAUUUAUACCUGUAUAUGUACUGUAUAUUUUAAUAUAAAGUGCAAUAGCUAUCGCUCCACAACUUUGCAUAACAAAUUCAGGGCACUAGGUGAUAACUCAUCCAGAAAAGCAGCGAGCCACAGAUGGGACCGUAACCAGGGGACUCGUCACACAAUCGACACAGACAACCCCUGCUGUGUGGACGGUGUCAUGACGAUACCUCUGCCCUCUCCCUACCAAUCCAUAAAGACAACGGGGGCCAAUCUUCUGGGGGAGGAGGAGACAUCUGGCGCUGCACAAUACCGCCAUGCCGUCUGCGGAGUCUGCUUCUCUUCUGAACUCUAAACAAAAGGGAACCGUGUACUGUAGUAGUAGCCGAAUCCAGUGAGGCCAACUCUCAAGCAUGCAGCUUCACGAGCAAAACAACAAUCAUUGUGGGUCUUGACACCGUGUUACAUUCUGUUCAAAUGUACAUAAAUAAUGCAACUGUACAAUGCAGGUGGAUGCUAUUUAAAUGUUAUUUAAAUCCCCCUUGGGCUUUUGUUCAUUCAGUGAGUCAGGCAUUGACUGUGUUGUUUGGUGAGUCUACGUGUCUUUCUAAUUAAACUGAGCGGUCCCAACACCA